UCUGAAAAAUUUUUUGGAAUUAAAUUUCAAUACGAGAGUGGCAAAAAGCGCGAACGGUUGGAUAGUAAAAAUGCAAAUUGUAUGCACGUUGGGCAACAAAAUAUUUCUCAUUUGUGUGCUUCUGGGCAUCUUUACAAUAGUUGGCGGCCACAUUUUUACUUUGAGUGUAGUUCACAAAAAGUGCCAUGAUGUGUGUCCAAUGGGCUAUCGUGUUGUUUGUGCCCUGGACGUCCUAGAUGGCUGCCUAAGAACGUUCGCCAGCAGUUGUGUGAUGCGAAUGUACAACUGCAAGUACCAGAAGGAUUAUCGCAUAAUUGCGGAGAGGGCCUGUGAAUUCAUCAGCAACGACGAACUUCUAGGGAUGGACAUCUAGGGGCCAAAUAUGAAAGCGGUUGGCUGCUGUUGUCUGCCGCCAGAGGGCGCCAGCUGGAUACGGCGCACGCGUCGUAUACGCGAUGUAAGGCGGAGGGAAUUGCGCGUGGAUGCGACGGGCAGGAUAUAUACCAGCAGCCACCAGUGGUGUAUUUAUGUGUAACUCUUAACUCUCUAGGCACGCGUCACGUCACCUCCGCGAACGAAAAUCGCCAGUUUUCCUCCGUUAUAUUCCCGGAAAAUCCAUCCUUUUUGUACGACAUCGUUACUGUUUUAAAUCGCACGAAUAAAUUAUUAUAAAUUGUA